AUUAUAAGUUAAUUGUAAUUAAAAGUGAAUUAAAUAUUAAAAUCCAGUUUGAAAUGAGUUUUAUUGAAGUGUCAGAAAUCGAGUUCACGUCUAAGAAGUCGUGUUUUAUAUCAAUCCCGAAGAAGUGGAUCAACAAAACCAAUGAUAAAAUAUCCAUUUUUCGCAUCAAAUCGUUGAGAGAAGAGGAGAGCGAAGAAGUGGUGAUGUCUUGGAGUGGAGACACCACUCAAUCGGAUAACACUAUUCAAGUGAAUGGUCUGUUUGCCAACAAAUUGGGUUUCAGUCAUAAACAGCAGGUUUUGGUCACUUAUGUGCCGAACCCGUCCGCCAAUGGCAUCACUAAUGCAUUUAAAUGCUAUCUGAAGCCCAUCUCUGACAACGAUUGGCAGAUACUGUCCAUGAAUUCGGCGUUCAUUGAGACGAAUCUCUUGAAUCAGAUCCGUGUCCUCGCGUUGGGACAGAUAUUUCCCGUUUGGAUCACAAAUCAGUCAAAUGUGUGUUUAUUUGUUGAAUGCUUUCAUUUGAUGCCAAUUCAGUCAAAGGCUGUUAUUCUCAAUAAUCUGACGGAAGUUAUCGUUUGUCCGCCGAAGACUGUCCGCAAUACCAUCGAUGGCAGCGAUGAUAAUGAUUUACAGCCCACCGAUCGGUUGUCCACUGAUUCUCAAAGCAUUGCAUCAAAUGAUUUAAACUACAAUUCAAGCCAAUCGAUGGUGUCGUCGAUGUUUGGAUUCGUUAAAUCAUUUAUCACUAAUACUCCGCCCGAAGAAUCAAAACAAAUGCCAAGCGUUAACUCUAACGAGUGUUUAAAGUCUUCCGAUUGCAUCGAAAUUGAAACGGGAAUUGAUUUCAAUGAAGUGCUUAGAGUUUUGCCCUUUUUUGAUGAUAAAGAUGAAGACAAGGAUGCGAUCAACACUGUCUUCGUGUCCAAUCAGUUGUUCAAUAACUGCGAAAAUAAUUAUUUUAUCUCAAAAUUGAUUCAUAUUUUGUCGCCAAAUGAAAGAAAGAGAGAACACCAGAAGAAUGAGAGACAAAACGACACAAACAGUGCAUCAAAGGAUGCUUUGAGUGUUUCGCAACACAUCUCAGAAAUGGAUUUUAAGGAAACAGUAGUUAUGGUUUGCGGACACAAUCGAUGUCCAAAUUCUUCAGUUUUUAUUUGUGAUACAGUGAGGAAACAAAUGGGUCUUUCACUCACAUCCAGAAUAUUUCUAAACCCUAUGAAUGAAACUUCAAUUCCGGUGAUAACAGCGCUAACUCUUUGUCCCAUUAAUAUAUCGCCCAAAAAGAGCAAACGAAUCGAAACAAUACAAAAGAGUUGGAAUCAAUGUAUGGCUGAAUGUCUUCACAGACAGCCAUCAGUGCUUGUAUUUGAAGACUUGGAUGCCAUCGCUUCGAUGCCCUCAAAGCCCGGACAGGAGACGAGUGCCGAAGCGUUACAUUCCGAAAGAAUCGGACUCUUGUUUGUGGAUUUAAUUGAGAAAAUAAAUCGCAAUGAGAUAUCAUAUGGCAAUAGAGUGGCCGUAAUCGCCACCUCUAAGACUAAUAAAACACUUCAAACAGUUUUAGUGCAAUCGCGAGGCAAACACCUA